AUGUUCUUCCAUUUAUCACUCGAACAUGAAAUCUCGCUUCAUCCCAAGUAUUUUGGGCCAAAUCUGAUGGAAUCGGUAAAACAAAAGUUGUUCAAAGAAGUCGAAGGGACUUGUAAAGGCAAAUAUGGCAGUAUUAUUGCAGUAACGACGAUAGACAACAUUGGACACGGCACAGUUCAGCCAGGUAAGGUGUUUUCUUUUUGUUUCCUGGUUUAGGUUGUUAAGGAAAGCUGUAAAUGGGUAUAAUGAAGCUAAAUAAAAUUAAGAAUAUGUUGAUUGUGUGUUUUCAAAAAUGAAAUGUCAUGGGAUUUACAUCAGAAGUUCUUUAAUAUAAAUUCUUUCAAUAUUUUUCGAAUAUCUCAAAAUAACAUGUUUUUAGGUAGUGGAUUUGCCGUGUAUCCAGUCCGCUACAAAGCCAUCGUCUUCCGACCCUUCCAAGGCCAAGUAAUUGAUGGUGUGGUGCGACAAGUCAACAAGAUGGGUAUCUUCUGCGAUAUUGGGCCUUUGAGUUGCUUCGUAUCACAAUAUACCAUUCCACCAGACAUGAAAUACGAUGAUUGUACUCCAACACCGUGUUAUCGCACAGCAGACGACUCUAUGCAGAUUAAGGUGGACGAUGAGAUCAGAGUUAAGAUCCUGAACAUUCGAGAAGACGCCAACGAUUUGAGUGUGUUGGCAACGUUAAUGGACGAUUAUUUGGGGCUUUGUUCGGCCGAUUAA